AUGCCGAUGCCAUACCCGCAGGUGUUACCCCCUGCAGCUCCAAUGCCACAGGUCAUUGUACAACCCUAUCCAGUUCAUCGUCCUCACCGCACCAGACGGAUACGUCUGGUACGAAGACAUCAUCACCGCCGUCCCAGGGUGCGUAUUAUAGACAGUAGGUCCUACAGCACGGGUUCAUCUUGUUCAUCCUACCGUCACUGUUCUCGUUCACAUUCUCAUCAUUCAAAACAAUGUCAACAACCAAUUAUACUAUUACCAAUACAAAUACAACAACAACCAACAUCGAUACAACAACAGCCACUUGCUCUUGCUCAACCUAGUAGAGCACAUCAACAAAUAGUCCUACCUCCAAUACAAAUUCAAGGAGUGGCAGGUCAACAUGGUCAACCUCUUGUAUUGCCAUCAAUUCAACUCAAUUCAUCAAUCUUAAACAAUGGCACAAAUCAAAAUCCAAUUAUUGUGAAUGCAACGCCAGUAGGAGCUUCAUUACAACAAUCUUUCUCAAUGCCACAAAUCCCACCAAUUCAAAUAUCAACAACAGCACAACCACAACAAAUCCAAUUGGUGCAUACAUCCUCACCUCUUCAAUAUGUGACAAAUCCUGCUCCAGUAGGCAUACAUAGUCGGCCUGCAAAUAUAUCUGUCAAUAACUCAAAUAAACAACAACAGAAAAUACGUUCAUCUGCAUCAUCUACACGCUUAAGGCGAUGA